UGGCCGGGGAAGCGCUGCCGCCACCGCCGCCAAACAAACCCGAGAGCGGCACCGCGGGGGGAGGAGGGGUUGAGUUACCGAGGAGUCUUUCGAUGUGCCGGGCACGGCCGGCCAGGGAGGCUGAGCUCUGCGGGAGCACAGGGAGAAGAUGCCUGUGGUGUGGCCAACGCUUCUGGAUCUCAGCAGAGAUGAGUGCAAGAGGAUCCUUCGCAAACUGGAACUGGAGGCAUAUGCAGGUGUCAUCAGUGCCUUACGUGCACAGGGAGAUCUUACGAAAGAGAAGAAGGAUCUUCUUGGAGAACUCUCUAAAGUGCUUAGUAUUUCAACAGAGAGACAUCGUGCUGAAGUUCGAAGAGCAGUAAAUGAUGAACGGCUAACGACUAUUGCACACAAUAUGUCUGGGCCAAACAGCUCUUCGGAAUGGUCUAUAGAAGGUCGUCGGCUGGUGCCGCUGAUGCCACGGCUUGUUCCACAAACAGCUUUCACUGUUACAGCUAAUGCAGUUGCCAACGCAGCUGUUCAGCACAACGCGUCUCUUCCAGUCCCUGCAGAAACUGGAAACAAGGAAGGUGUCAGCUGCUCAGAUGAUGAUGAAAAGCCCCGCAAAAGACGGCGAACUAAUUCUUCCAGUUCUUCCCCUGUUCUCCUGAAAGAAGUCCCGAAGGCAGUGACUCCUGUCACUAAAACAAUCACAGUGCCUGUAAGUGGCAGCCCCAAGAUGAGUAAUAUAAUGCAGAGCAUUGCCAACUCCUUACCGCCACACAUGUCGCCAGUGAAAAUAACCUUCACUAAGCCCUCAACACAGACAACAAACACAACAACACAGAAGGUGAUUAUAGUAACCACAUCUCCAAGCUCAACUUUUGUACCCAACAUCCUUUCCAAGUCCCACAACUAUGCAGCAGUUACAAAACUUGUUCCAACAUCAGUCAUCGCCUCAACUACUCAGAAACAACCGGUGGUUAUCACUGCUUCUCAGUCCUCUCUGGUCAGCAGUAGCACCAGCAGCAGUAGCUGUUCCACUCCUUCCUGUACUGCAAGUACAAUUGCUGUGACUGCUGUGGUAUCAUCAACGCCAUCUGUGGUCAUGUCAACGGUAGCACAAGGUGUAUCCACAUCGGCGAUCAAAGUAGCCUCUACCAGACUUCCAUCCCCAAAAGGUUUGGUUGGGAAUCCAACGCAGAUCUUAGCACAGUUCCCCAAGCAGCAUCAGCAGUCCCCCAAGCAGCAACUGCACCAAAUGCAACAGGCCCAGCAGCAGCAGCCACAGCAGCAGCAACAGCAGCAGCAGCCACAGCAGCAACAACAGCAGCAGCCACAGCAACAACAGGUGGCACAGUCUUCUGUAGCUCAACAGCAGCCCCAGCAAUCUCAGUUUCCACCUGGCAUCAAGCCCACCAUUCAGAUCAAACAGGAAUCAGGUGUUAAAAUAAUCACUCAACAGGUGCAGCUCAGUAAAAUCCUUCCCAAACCAGUUACAGCGGCAUUGCCCAGCAGUAGCAAUUCACCUAUUAUGGUGGUUAGCAGUAAUGGGACUGUCAUGACAACUAAACUGGUCACUACUCCCUCUGGAACUCAAGCAACAUACACACGGCCGACGGUCAGCCCCUCUAUAGGGGCUCGGAUGGCUGGAACUCCAGGGGCUGCAACUUAUGUGAAAACCACGAGUGGUAGCAUCAUUACAGUAGUACCAAAAUCACUGGCUACUCUGGGAGGCAAGAUUAUCAGCAGUAAUAUUGUUUCUGGAACUACAACCAAAAUCACUACAAUUCCAAUGACAUCCAAACCCAAUGUGAUUGUUGUGCAAAAGACUACUGGAAAAGGAACCACAAUUCAAGGGCUUCCUGGCAAAAAUGUUGUCACAACAUUGUUGAAUGCUGGGGGGGAGAAAACUGUUCAGGCAGUGCCAGCAGGAGCAAAACCUGCUAUCAUCACUGCCACGAGACCCAUCACAAAAAUGAUUGUUACACAGCCAAAAGGAAUAGGGUCCACGGUCCAGCCAGCCACCAAAAUCAUCCCAACUAAAAUUGUUUAUGGUCAGCAAGGGAAAACGCAGGUUCUCAUAAAACCAAAGCCAGUGACAUUUCAAGCAACAGUUGUGAGUGAACAAACUAGGCAGUUGGUAACUGAAACAUUACAGCAGGCGUCAAGGGCAGCAGAGACAGGAAAUUCAUCUCUUCCAGAAGUGAAAGAAGAACCACAAAGCUACACUGAUAGCAGCUCUUCUUCUACAGAGUCCUCACAGAGCUCCCAAGAUUCUCAGCCUGUAGUCCAUGUGAUUGCUUCCAGAAGUCAAGAUUGGUCAGAACAUGAAAUAGCUGUGGACACCAGCCCUACAAUAAUUUACCAGGAUGUAUCCAGUGAAUCUCAGUCAGCUACUUCCACGAUAAAAGCUUUGCUAGAACUUCAGCAGACAACAGCAGUGAAGGAGAAGUUAGAAUCAAAGCCAAGGCAGCCUACGAUUGACUUGAGCCAAAUGGCUGUCCCAAUACAGAUGACCCAAGAAAAGAGACACUCUCCAGAAAGCCCUUCAAUUGCUGUAGUAGAAUCAGAAUUAGUUGCUGAAUAUAUCACAACUGACUCAGGAAGACAACACUGUCUUGGUUCACAUUCGGAAGAAUAUCUACACAACCACAUAGUUAGUCAUCGGUCCCAACCCCACCAGCAGUCAUCCCAGCCCCAGAGGACUCUGCUGCAGCACGUGGCUCAGUCACAGACAGCAACGCAGACUUCUGUUGUGGUGAAAUCUAUCCCCGCAUCCUCCACAGGCGCAAUUACCCAUAUCAUGCAGCAGGCCUUAAGCAGUCACACUGCGUUCACCAAACAGAGUGAACAGCUUGGAACCGAGGAGGGAGAAGUAGAAGAGAUGGACACCUUAGAUCCUCAGACUGGCCUAUUCUACAGAUCUGCCCUGACACAAUCGCAGGCACAAAAACAGCAAAAACUGAGUCAGCCGCAGCUGGAACAGACUCAACUGCAAGUGAAAACUCUGCAAUGUUUCCAGACUAAGCAGAAGCAGACAAUCCACCUGCAGGCUGACCAAAUCCAGCACAAACUCCCACAAAUGCCCCAGCUUUCUAUAAGGCAUCAAAAGCUAACGCCCCUGCAGCAAGAGCAAGCACAGACCAAACCAGAUGCACAGCAUCCCCCCCACCACAUGAUGGCCAAAGAAAGGCAGCUUCCUACCUUAGUGGCGCAGCCACAGCAAACUGUAGUACAGGUGCUUGCAGUAAAAACCACGCAGCAGCUGCCCAAACUGCAACAGGCACCAACGGCACAAAAAAUCUACAUGCAACCCCAACCCCCCCAGAGUCAAAUGCAGCUACCUGCCUCUUCAGAGAAACAGCCAGCAAGCCAGGUAACGGAAUAUUGAUAGCAUGCAAAAUACACGUCGCUGUUCAAGGAAAAAAAUCUAAACACCAACCCUGUCGCUGUAGCAGUGUUUUGUCCUGGCAAGAGAGAACUCCUCAUUCUGCUGAUCUUAAUUACCCCAUCAGAAGGUUGACACUAGGAAAGAGAAGCACAUGUGUUAUAGGGGAAAAAUCCGUAGAGCUCACAAACGUGUUUUGUUGGACAGUUUUUAUGAAUUUCUGCCACCACCGGUGCAUGGAAUUUGUCCCUAAUUAUUUUCUUCCUUUUUUUUUUUUUUUUUUUAGAUAUGACACAUGAUUAAUUUCCGUUCCCGUAGCACUUUUUAUUUCUGUGGAAAUAAAGAUGAAUACACCGCAGUCUCCUAAGGCUCUCCAUUGUACAUCUUCCUUUGUAGUUUACAUCUUCCUGAAGUUCAGUGGCUUUCAUGUACAAGAGUAAAUUCAUUUUCCUUGGGAGGGGAAAAUGAAACAACUAAGCAACAUGGAAAAACAUAUGUAUUUUAACUCCAGAAAAGUACAAAUUCUUUGUCCCUUUCAGGAGUACAUGUGAAAACAAGAGAGCUAACAAACGUCACUUGGGGAUGUAAAUCCCAAAGGAAAACGAGGCUGCUGUGGUAUUACACUGCUACAAUCCUUAUCUAGCGGCCCAAAGAGCUGCGUUUCCCCAGGCUUCAAUUACCUGUUGCCAUCUCUUGCUAAUUCCUUUGUUAAAACACUGAGUUUCAACUGUCUUCUUAAUAGCAAGUAUGUUGUUUGUGCCAAUACUGUCCUUGGAAAUAUUGAUUAGAUUUUCAAUAAUUAAAAAAAAAAUCUAGCUGUAAUGUGAACAACAAAAAUUUGAUUUUCAGGUGCAGCAAGCAUCCAAUUAUAACUCAAGGAUCCACUGUUACAAAGAUAACUUUUGAGGGGCAUCAACCUCCUGUUUCAAAGUUAGCAGGUGGCAGUUGUGUGCCCAAACUGGCAUUGCCAGUUACAGUUUCCCAUGCAGGCAUCCAUGAAGAGAGCAGUAGCAGACAUUUUGAGAAUGUCUAUGGUGGUGGAAGCUCAGAUUGAUACAAAUGUAGAAACUGUGAUAGUGGAUCCGCAAAAUCAAGG